AUGUCGCAAAUCCGACCCGAUCCUAUCCGCGCCAAUCACGGCGGCUGUUCUCCGGUUUGCGACUGUACACGCUUUGCGCGCACUGGUCUAGACAACGAUACCCUGGGUCUGGAUGGCUUUGCGAGGGAUCCGCUGGAGAAAGUCGCGCUGAAUAACCUAUCCCAAGAAGUGGUGCUGUUCACCGAUCUACAUCUAUCCUUUUUUGGCGCCACUUGGGUUCAAUGCUCGCUAGAGAUUGUCGCAGGAAGUUGCCUCUUCGUCAUGUUCGCCGAUAACAUCGCCGCGACGCGCGCACCCGGGCGCCUGCGAAUCUGGUCCGCGGUCGGCGCCGUUCAGAUUCCCGCACCCGCUUUCUUUAUCUACGGCCACUUUCCAGACCACAAAGUAAUACCUUGGCAUCGAACGUUCUGA